GGUACACGCUUUUUUGAGAAUCUCCUGAAGAAGCUUCAGUCAAGUUAUGAGUUUGAUCUGGAAUUGUUCACUGAUGGACACAGACCAGUUCUGGAAAAUGUCAACCGCAACGUCAAGCUGGCUCUACUCAGCGCCCAGCGGGUGAUGAUGUUUCUAGGUGACAUUGCCAGGUACCGGGAGCAGUCAUCUGACACCACUAACUAUGGAAAAGCAAGGCAUUGGUACCUGAAAGCCCAGAGGAUCCACCCACGAAAUGGACGGCCUUACAAUCAGUUGGCUAUUCUAGCAGUUUAUACUAGACGGAAGCUGGAUGCAGUCUAUUACUACAUGAGGAGUUUGGCAGCAAGCAACCCAAUCCUCACUGCAAGAGAAUCUUUGGUUUCAUUGUUUGAUGAAGUCAGGAAAAAGGUUGACGUUGUUGAAAAGAAAAGAUUUGAGGAGAGGAAACAAAGGCAGGCUCUGAAACGUAAACGGCAAAGUCGAGGGCCGCGAGUUGAAAUCUGGGUGUUGCCGGAUGGAACCAGUACACAAGAUAGAGUAAAAGAAGAAGAUGAUGAUGAAGAUCUGAGCUCAUUAUCGGCCAUUGAGCUAAACAAGCGCUUUGUGCUGACUUACUUGAACGUCCAUGGCAAACUCUUCACCAAAAUCAACUUUGAGGUUUUUGCGGAGAGUUCAAGCCUGAUGCUUCAAGAGUUCCAAAUGUUGAUUCAGCAUUCACCAUGUGUCUUCAGUAGCACACGGCUUCUUCAGUUGAUGGUCAUCAAUAUGUUUUCUAUAGAUAAUACUGCUCUCAAAGAUGAAUCUCUGGAAGACAGUUGUCGUUCUUUGUUGCAAGAACAUGCUGUAGAGGUUGGGCUGGACAUGUUCGGUCUGCUUGUCAAGCGAAGCUCUGAACUGCUAGCACUUCAGUUGGAAAAUGAUAAGAAGAGUAUCUGUGAAAACAUUGGUGAGAACCCAGUGCCUGUCCAGCGAUCUCUAAACACCAGCACUUGUGUCUUGGAUGAAGAUCUACACAUCAUGCUGCCAGCGCUCAAAACCUGGGUGGACUGGAUGAUGUGCCAUGCUCACUUGUGGAACCCUCAGCCAUUGAACCGACCACCUGAGCUGGGGCCUCACAUUGAUGUAUGGAAGAAUGUUGCCACAUUCUGUGAUCUCUUGAACUCUGUGGAAACCAAACCAGGCUGCCUGAUACGGGAGCAGAAGCCAGGGUAUGGGCCGGUGGUACUGCAUGAAGAUACAACCCUAGCUGGCUUCGUUCCCAUGUUGAGUGCGCCGCAGGAGAUAUUCUAUGCCGACUCAAGUAUUGAUCAGCAACAAGCUGAAGAUUGGCUGCGUAUCGAGAAACUCCGCCUCUUUGGAGAGUAUUUGUGUGGAGUGGAGCCGGCCAUGCUGGCUUUUAAUGUGGAAAGUGGGAAGUACUAUUCUGUGGCACCCUCGCCGACUCGGUCGGAAGAAAAACUGGUCACUGAUAGUGUGGAAGGUCAAGGUUCAGGUGAUGAGUCUGACGAUGUCAUAAUUGAACAUGACGACUCAGAAGAGGAUCAGAGAAAGAGCCUACAAGAGAAAGAUGAUAUUGACAAACUCAAAGCCAAAAAGGCAGAUUUAAGAAGACAACGAGCAGAGAGGGAGAAAAACAAGGAGAAUAUGGAAGCAAUCCUAGAUAGUCACAGACAUGGAAAGAUUGAGUUGGAGAUCUGUCCAAUUUUUUUGAUUCCUGACACCAACUGCUUUAUUGACCACUUCUCUACCCUGAAAAAGAUCUUGCAGACAAAGAAAUACACUUUAGUUGUGCCUCUUGUUGUUAUCAACGAACUUGACGGCCUCGCUCGUGGAGCUAGAGACCAUCAGUACGACAGCCCAGACCAUGCCCACAUGGUCAAAUCCCAGGCUCAAGCUGCUAUAGAGUUUCUUGAGGCAGAGUUUGAAAUGAAGAAUCCUCACCUGCGAGCCCAGACAUCAAAGGGUUCCAUACUAGAGACAAUCGCUUUCAGAAGCGAGGAGUCUGAUAGCUCCGGUGUCAAUGAUGACAUUAUCCUGAACUGUUGUCUGCAUUACUGCAAGGACAUGGCCAGAGAGUUCAUGCCCAGGGACAAAGAUCACCCAGUUCGAUUGUACAGAGAAGUAGUUCUGUUGACCGACGACCGUAACCUGCGCCUGAAAGCCCACACCUGCAACGUGCCUGUCAAAGAUGUGCCAAGCUUCAAGAAAUGGAGCAAGAUUCCCUGA